UUGAUCCAGUUACUGUCCCACUCUCGCAUUUCCGCAUUUUCCCAUUUGAGAUCUCAGAUUUUAGCGCCACAAACCAAGAGAAACAGAACCCCUCUCCGUCAGACUGCUUCUAAAAUCCCGCUAGACGUGUUUGUUCGCCGCUGUGCUCUAUUUGAACAACAAUAACAACGUGUUCUGUCGCUGUGUGCUCGUCAACUUUGUCCACACUGAGGAGAAGGGAAUGUCUGCAGAACCGGAGGCUGCACCCAGAGGGCUGCACAUUCUUCUAAGGCCGCACAUUUAGAGCACUUUUUAUAGACAGCGCCACCGACCGCAAUAGAUGAUCACCGAAGUGAACAACUUACGGUUUAAAGGGAUGAUUUCACUCAAAAUGUCGUUUUUGGCCCCAGUAAGUUUGUCUACAGAGCUGGAGGCUGCACUUUCAGGACCACUGAGCCUAAAGGCUGGGGUAGAAGAGGUGUGCAAGCCCUCUGUGCACACACAGAGGGUUGUUCCCUUCCGCGUAAAAGCCGCUAGAUGUCGCUGCGUAAUUGCACAGAAAAAUGCAGCUUCUGUUUAAAAAAAGCACUGAACACUGGGAGAUCAUCGAAAAUGAGAAAAUAUAUGCGAUGUUAAUCUGUUUUUUUCCCAAAGGACACCUAAUAUUUUAAUUUGUUACCAAGAUAUUAAAUUCUGCUUAAUAUUUUGGAUGAUUGGCAACACUUUCCCCCCUCACCUUUAUGGACUUUUUAAAUCUAUUAAACUCUUAAACUUAAAAGGAACCAAUAUACCAGGUGCAAAUUAUAUUUUUAUAAUAAUUCUGUCGGAUAUGUAGUUAAGAUAGUGAAGGUUGCUUAAAAACUCAAUUAAUCUUGAUGCAUUGUUAUAAACUGGUUUUUAUUCAGAUUUUGGAAGGCUUCGCGUAAAAUUUAUUUUUUCGUAAGUACAAAUUGGGCAGCAUCCUGCUCUCCUUAAUUAAAUGUCACCAUAUAUUUAUUUUUAAAACCAGACGCACAUCUUAUCACAUUUGUGCGCAUUUUUUCCUGAAGCUGUGCCGUAUUAAACACUUGAUUUCAGCAAACUGGCACACUAAUCUCUCUACAAACUCUUAAGUGUGAUAAAACUCUGCAGACGUGCUGUGCCAAAGUGCUGAGAAACAGUAAAUGACCUGUUUUACUUCCAUUUCUGCAGGAUCAUGGCACCACAUUCUCCUCGACGGCACAAAGGAUAAAAUUACGCGCAAGAAUAAUGUUGCAACAUUUCCUCUCCAAAGCUCAGAUUCACUGCUACAACGUCCUGAUCCACAUCUUAUCCUCCCACAGAAACACGGACGCAGCCUCCAUUGGUGCUCCCGAAUCCAGCAGAUCAGUGGAGCUAUUGGGUGUCAAUCUCACGAAAGGAGAGAGAGGACGGAGGGGGAACGCACGGGAUGCUGAUCCUCACUGAGAGGAUGCUAUCGAUCCGGCUCGCAAAUGCGCUCCUCUCCAGUUUGAUAAACAUGCAGAUGUGCGUCAUUACGCGUUUUCUGCUCCUCAUGAGCUAAUUAAGCAAGGUAAUGUGAGCAGCAGCGGGGAAAGCCCAAGUCAUCAAUGCAGAACUCCUCAGCGCUGUUCGGGAUGGUGAGCCACUGUCAGACCCCAACUUUCGCGGACUUCACGGGCUUGGCGCUCUCCGUGUACGGCAGCAAGACGGACAUCUGUGCGCGGCGAGCCGGCAACGCUGGCUUCGGAUCUCCGCUUUGCAGGAGCCCCCACGACGCACCGACGCACAUGAACUGCGCCAGCCCAAAGCGAGUCACCGCAUCCGAGGAAAAGGCACAUCUGGCAGCCAAAACUCCGCGCUUGUGCUUCUCGUUUCCACCGGUGCAAGUGAACGGUGCCUACUGCUCAGAGAAGGAUGCUGAGCUGGGCGAUGCUGAGGGCAGCCUGAUGCGAUGUGGGCAGAGCUUAGCGCUGCCAGCUGGGGGUCAUUCAGAGGGGAUUUACCCCCAGAGCAUCCAGUGCAGCAGACCUACACCUGACCUCCUCCUGCAGGACGGCCCUCACCAAGACACCAGAUCCUCUCCUGCCUUCCAGAGGACCCUGCCGGGGGCCUCGCCCAGCCUGGGCUGUGGUGCCAACGGGACUUGCUCCUCCGUCCCCUACCCAAUCAAACAGGAGAACUCAAUGGGCUACAAGGUUUCCAGCACGGGGUCAGGGGUCCGUAGCGCACAUCAGGGCGGGUUUCAGGCCUGUAGGGGACGUCAAGUUUUAGAGGUGUCACGGGACGAGAUAGUCGGAGCUCUGCAUGUUAGCAACAACGUUAAUGGCGUCUGCUCAGUGAACGGCGUGGACAGUGCAGUGUCAGGGGACGCCGUGCAGCCGUUUAAUAAUGAAGAUGGCUCCUCCCCGCUGGCUUUGUCCCCAACUGGCUCCCGUCAUUCAGCGCGGCUGCUCAGUGCUAGCAGUCUGAAGAGACGCUGCCUGUCCCUGGCCUCACAGUCGUCCGCCGCCGCUGCUGGCACCAACGGCGUCGCUGCCACUGGUUCCCCAUUAGCUCCUGGCGCUGCUACUGAGGAGAUCAAUAUCACCGCCAUCAUCUGCUCCUCCUCCCAGAUGUCAAUGGUUGCCUGCGUCAACGGGUUCCGUGCUAACCUCUCGCCCAGCCACACCAGCAGCGCCGGCUUCUCCUCCUCUUCCUCCUCCUCUUCUACGUCUCCACCCUCUAACUCCUGCCCUCGGAAAGUCCCUCAAAGGCCCCCGCCUCACGGCAGCCCCCAGCAGGCCUCGCUACAGGAGAGCUGUCAGCUGUCCUCACCUGCUACCUGCCUGCUGUCCCUCUCUUCCUCCUGCUCCUCCUCCUCGUCCUCCUCUUCAGCGUCACUAGUGGAGCCGGAGCAGGGCCAGGGCCAGGGCCAGGGCCAGAGCCUGGGGCGGUGUGAGGAGCCGGGCUCCAUGCUGCCGGGGCGUGGGGCUGGAGGAUCAGCCGAGGGAGGAGUGGAAGGAGGCUUGGGGCUGUUGAUGAGUGGGGCCCUGAUGUCUGGGACGCUGCAUUCGGGGCCUGAAACCGGGGGUUUCCUAGACGGGGUCCAAAGAUCUGGAGCUGCCCUCAAGCAGGAACCCCUCGAUGACUUCUCCCCCAGUGAGGACGAACUCUUUCAGCACCACUAUCACCACCACCAUCACUUGAGUGGCCGCAACGGGCACCUUCGCCACCACCCACCACGACCUGCCAUGCCUCCGCCUUACCACUUGCACCAGUACGUGGGACCCAGUCCCGGGGGCCCGCUGCACCACCAGAGCCAGCAAACGGCAACAGCCUCUUCCCUGGGACUCAAAUCAAUCUCUGGAGGUCCUUCUGAGCCCCACACGGCCCCGGAGAGGGAAGAAGUCGGAGGAGGAGCGGUGGCGGAUAAGCAGGUGUGUCGCUGGAUUGACUGCAGUGCUGCGUACGAGCAGCAGGAGGAGCUUGUGAGACAUAUCGAGAAGGUCCACAUCGACCAGCGGAAAGGUGAGGACUUCACCUGUUUCUGGGCCGGUUGCAUUCGCCGCUACAAGCCCUUCAACGCCCGCUACAAGCUGCUCAUUCACAUGAGGGUCCACUCUGGAGAGAAACCCAACAAGUGCAUGUUUGAGGGUUGCAACAAAGCGUUUUCUCGUCUGGAGAACCUGAAGAUCCACCUGAGGAGCCACACAGGAGAAAAGCCGUACCUGUGCCAGCACCCCGGCUGCCAGAAAGCUUUCAGCAACUCCAGCGAUCGAGCCAAGCAUCAGCGCACUCACCUGGACACGAAACCGUACGCAUGUCAGAUCUCGGGCUGCACCAAGCGCUACACGGAUCCCAGCUCCCUACGCAAACAUGUCAAGAUCCACUCGGCCAAAGAGCAACAGGUGCAUAGAAAGCUGCGGCCCUGCCCUCACCUGGAGCCGGACGUCCUCAGUGACUGUCUGUCCAUGCAGCACCUCCAGAGCUCCACGUCCUUGCAGCACCUCUACAACGGCAAAGAUGGCCGAUCUCCAGCGCUGGGCCAAGACAUCUUCACAGGCCUGUACGCCGGCUCCAGCACCCCCCAUCACAGCGCUCCGCUGGAGCUCCUCUCCCCGACCCCCAACCCUUCUGCUUCCACCGCCGACCUGCCCUCCUCCCGACAGCACCGGCUGGAUCGGGACCUGGGCAGCCCCCAUCACCUGUCGCCGCUGGCUGCCAUGGAUGGAGCGAGAGACGGGGUGUCGGGUCCCCUCCUGUCUCCUGGGAUGAAGGGAACAGCGACACCUCCUCCUCCGCUGGAGAAGCAGCACAUCCACCAGCACCACAAGCCCUACACUCACUAUCAGCAUCAUCAGCCUGCCAGCGACGAAUACCAAGGCAGCUUUCAGAGCUGCUUCCAUUUUGGAGACUCCUACAGGAUGGAGCAGACGGUCGGUGGUGUCCACGUCCCCGGAGACUCUCAUGCCUACACUCCCCAUCAGCACAAUGGCUUCCACAUGUCGGGCAGCAACACUGGCUCUGCCUCUACAGGUUUCAGCUUGACCCAGGAGCUGCAAGGAGGUGCAGGGUGCCAGUUCUCCUCCAGCCCAGAGGAGAGCAUUUUCUUCCAGGUGGGCAGCUUCGACCGCAGCUUGAGCCACAUGUCGUCUGUCUACACAGAGACAUGAAGCAACACUGGAGCAGGACACGCUUCACCACCUACUCUGUAGUCCAACUUCCUCCACACGCACCUUCACACGCUCAGUUUCUUUUCCAAAAUAUUACCGGUCACAUUGUAAAUGAGUAGUUCUGUCUUAGUUAUGCACCAAAUGGAAACCAGCAAAAUGAAACACAUUAAAAGUUUUACAGGCCAGCUAAGCAGCAUGUAAUUAUGACACUUAACUGACACUAUCUGAAUGGAAAUAACACAGCUGUGGUUCCCAACCUUUUUGAAUUAUGACACCUUAAAAAGAAAAAAAAAUUCUAUUUGGGACCUCUCAUCAGCAUUUAAAGCAUAGAAAUAUGAUUUUCAGUUUUAAAGUUUUAAAAAACAAUGAUUAUCAGAUGUAUCACCAGCAUUUUCUACCUUAAUAUUUGGUUAAAGGCACCAUUUUUACACAUAAAAAUCUGUUAGCAUUGGAUAUUUUUUAUAUCUCAUCUUCUCAUGCAUCAGUUUUGACCAUUCUGUUGUUAAUCUGGCUUGUGCUUCAUGAAAGCUGCUCGCUAAAAGGUCCCUUUUAAAUCAUCUUGCAACAAUUUCGAUUUCUACUGUGACUCAGACCUAGAAGUUGGGAAUCAGUAAGCUAGAAGAAUGUUCAAUAUUUCAGAAAAAAUAACUAAAAAACAGUAUUUAAUCUGGUUCCAACUCACAGAAUUUUACUUGCUUAAAUGAGGGAAUGAUGUGAGUCACAAAAAUGACUUGGAUGUGAAGGAAAAACAACAUCUGGCCAUCAGUAGUUAAACAGUCUUGUCUUUCUUCGGUUCAUGUUUAUUGUCCAGGAAUUCAUCACGUACAGGGAAUCUGACUUUAAUACAUUAGUGCUAAGAGUUGCACACUUAAGUUCAAUCAGACUGAGCUUAUUCAUGCAAUACUUUGCGGUUUUAAUAUAUAAACACUCCUGAACAGACUUUAAAUCAAACGUCCUCUCUUUCCCUCCUCUUCGUGUUAUUUUCUCUUUACUCUACAUCUUUCAAUCUGUUUCAGACUGAAGUGUAGAUAAGAAUAUAUCAUUUUGCUGUGCUGUUUUUAGCAGUGGAAAAAAAGUUUGCAUUUCUGUAUUUUGUUAAGUUUUUUUUUUUUUUUGCUUUUGGAUUUAUCCCUGGAGGAGGGUUUGGCCUCAUUAAUUCUGCAAUAAUGCAGAGAAACCAACCUACUUUAUUAUUAUUAUUAUUAUUAUUAUUAUUAUUAUUAUUAUUAUUAUUAUUAUUAUUAUUAUUAUUAUUAUAUGUAUAAAAUGUACAGUUUGUUUACAUCAAUCAUUUGAAUGUUUGUCAUUUCUCAAUUUAAGAAAUAAAUAACUGAAUGAUCACACAA